AUGAAAGGCAGUUCUGCUUCAGUUACUUUCCCAGUGAACAAGAGUGGCAAAAGGAAAUGGUCAUUGGCUGAGGAUGCGGUCCUCAUCUCUUGCAUGAUUGACCUACGAAAUAUGGGCACCCACAAUGCCGACACAGGGUUUAAGUCUGGUUACUUGCUAGAACUUGAGAAAAUGCUAUUGGAAAAGCUCCCGAAUUGUGGUAUCAAGGCGAGACCUCACAUUGAAUCUCGAUUGAAGACACUGAAGAGGGAAUGGGCUAUCGUGUAUGAUAUGAUGCUUAAUACAAGUGGCUUUGGAUGGGACUCAACACGGAAGAUGGUCACGGCGGAAGACGAUGUCUGGGAGACUUAUGUAGCGACUCACAAAGAAACUGUUCCAUUUAGACUGAAAAGUUUUCCCCAUUUCGAAGAAUUAUUUAUGAUAUAUGCGAAUGAUCGAGCUACUGGAAAAGAUGCUCAAACUAUUGAAGAUAUUCUGCAAGAGCUUGAGAUUGAAGAUUUAACUGGAGUAGCCGAAGAAGCGGAUGUGAAUCAUUCAAACCCAAAUGAAUCUGCCAAUGCUAAUACCCUUACACCGGGAGAUGGUUCGCACGCUCAUCAACCACCUAUAAAUGCAACGGAGGCUUGCAUGAUGCUAUCAAAGAGUGUUCACUCGGACAUCGUUCAAGAGAAGUUCCUUGAACUUCCGGGAGCUCUUCGCAAUGUUGAUGGCCUGACUUCAACACAAGUUCGCAUGGCUAUUCAAAAGUUCAGUAACCACCCGAAUUAUAUCUUGCUUUUCUUUGGUACCGAUCCUGAAUACCGCUUGGAAAUGGUUCAGGAUUUCAUUGGAAAUCAUUAA